AUGUCGCUGAAGUUCAAAAUCAAUGAAGAACUGAUAACAUUAUUUGAGCCUGAAGGUGAAUCCGAUCAUUUAUUUAAAAUAACAAAUGAUGAUACUUUCACAGUUCAAUAUCUAACUGAACUUGUGAAUAAUGACUUCAUUUCUCUACGGGAACCAAUGAGUAAAGUCUAUAGGGUUGCUGAGGAUGGCAGUGAAAGGCAAAUAUACCCAUUGUUGGCUAAUGGUUAUGAUUUCUUUGAUAGCCUCAUCGAAACAGAGAAAGAAAAUACUCAAACUCAAAACAUCCAGAAUUGCAGAGAAAUAACUUUUUGGAAUGAUGAAGAAACCAAAAUAUUACUGGACACAUAUGAAGAGUUUAUGUCUAAAGUAGGACGACAAAAAAAAUUCAAAACCAAAAAAUCUAUGUGGUCAAAAAUAGCAGAAAUAUUAAACAGAACUUUUGGAAGGCAAACAACAGGAAAUCAGUUCGAAAAUCGAUAUAAAACAGUGCUGAAAAGGAAAAAAGCUGCUGUGGAUAACAACAAAAAAUCUGGCAAUUCUAGAGCCAUAAUUCCAUUCGAAGAGGAGCUAACUAAAAUUGCAUCCUUAGAUGAUUCAAUAUUACCAGAGAUUGUUGGUACAGCACAAUCCAUUAAAGUACUAAAAUCAUCAAAUAACAAUACAUCCUGUACCUCUACUUCCUAUGGAACCGAGGAAAGAGAAACAGAAUCCCCUCAACCAAAAAAGAGAUUGCCUGAAGAUUUUGACUCAACUCCCAAAACUUCAGCAGAAAAAAGACUAAAACCAAGUGUCCAAGACACUUUAUGGAAAAAAAGAAGAGGCAAAAGAAAAGCGCCAUCAGGAAAAAUUAAAGCUAAUCAAAGAUAUGUUUAG